UCAUAGAAACUAUGUGUGGGUUUAAUGAAAAGUUUCUUUCUCCAGGAUGAAUGUGACAGUUUCCAUAUGAUGUAAAUAUCCAGAUACACUGGUAUCAUUCUUGAUGGGCGCCAGAGAUUCUUUUCACAGAUGAUGUCGCCUUGGUUUCUAAAGCACUGCAGGCAGAAGAAAUGGAACAGCCUGAGCAUGAAAUAACCUUGUCUCUCCACAGUCUUGGGCUUUCGCUGGUUAACAAUGAAAACAAGCAGGAAGUUUCGUAUAUUGGAAUCACCAGUUCUGGUAUUGUUUGGGAGAUGAAACCAAAACGGAAAUGGAAACCUUUUAGUCAAAAGCAGAUAAUCUUAUUGGAACAGUCCUACCAGAAGCAUCAAGUGUCACAAGACCGUGGCUGGAUAAAGCUAGACAAUAAUUUUGAGGUCAAUUUUGAUAAAGUUCCGAUGGAAAUGCGCCUUCCUAUUCGAUGCCCUAUUAAACGAGACUUUUUGUCAGGAAUUGAGGUUGAAUUUAAGCAGUCUCCUCAUCAGAGAAGUUUAAGGGCCAGAUUGUACUGGCUUCAGGUUGAUAAUCAGUUACCAGGCACAAUGUUCCCUGUUGUUUUUCAUCCUGUGGCUCCGCCAAAGUCUAUUGCUUUGGAUUCAGAACCCAAACCUUUCAUUGAUGUGAGUGUAAUCACAAGAUUUAAUGAGUACAGUAAAGUCUUACAGUUCAAGUAUUUUAUGGUCCUCAUUCAGGAAAUGGCCUUGAAAGUUGAUCAGGAGUUUCUUGGAGCUAUUAUUGCUCUGUUUACCCCAACAACUGACCCUGAAGUUGAAGGAAGACGGACAAAGUUAAUCCAACAGGAUAUUGAUGCUCUAAACACAGAAUUAAUGGAAACUUCAAUGACUGAUAUGUCAAUUCUUAGUUUCUUUGAACAUUUCCAUAUUUCUCCUGUUAAGUUGCAUUUGAGUCUGUCUUUGGGAUCUGGAGGUGAGGAGUCAGACAAAGAAAAAGAAGAAAUGAUUGCAAUUCAUUCUGUUAACCUGCUGUUGAAAAGCAUAGGUGCUACUUUGACUGACGUGGAUGACCUCAUUUUCAAACUUGCUUACUAUGAAAUUCGAUACCAGUUUUACAAGAGGGAUCAGCUCAUGUGGAGUGUUGUUAGGCAUUACAGUGAACAGUUCUUGAAACAGAUGUAUGUCCUUGUAUUGGGCUUAGAUGUGCUUGGAAACCCAUUUGGAUUAAUCAGAGGUCUGUCUGAAGGAGUUGAAGCAUUAUUCUAUGAACCCUUCCAGGGUGCUGUUCAAGGCCCUGAAGAAUUUGCUGAAGGAUUAGUGAUUGGAGUAAGAAGUCUCUUUGGGCACACAGUAGGUGGUGCAGCAGGAGUUGUAUCUCGAAUCACUGGCUCUGUUGGGAAAGGACUGGCAGCAAUUACAAUGGACAAGGAAUAUCAGCAAAAAAGAAGAGAAGAGAUGGGACGGCAGCCUAAAGAUUUUGGAGACAGCCUGGCCAGAGGAGGAAAGGGCUUCCUGAGAGGAGUUGUUGGUGGGGUGACUGGAAUAAUAACAAAACCUGUGGAAGGUGCCAAAAAGGAGGGAGCUGCUGGUUUUUUUAAAGGAAUUGGAAAAGGGCUUGUGGGUGUUGUGGCUCGUCCAACUGGCGGAAUCAUAGAUAUGGCCAGCAGUACCUUCCAAGGCAUUCAGAGGGCAGCAGAAUCAACAGAGGAAGUGUCCAGCCUCCGUCCACCUCGCCUGAUCCAAGAAGAUGGCAUCAUUCGUCCAUAUGACAGACAAGAAUCUGAGGGCUAUGACUUAUUUGAGCAAGAACUGGAAACACAGGAGUAAAUGUUUCCUAUACUACUACUUGAUUUCAUCCUUAAAAAUCAUAACAAACUGUGGUAUUAAGUGAUUGUCUGUGAAUUAGAUUGGGAGUCAGUUUUAAUGAAAUUUUCUUUGUAACUCUCACCGCCAUCUAAACUUUUUAUAGUAGUGACUUGGCUGCAGUGAAAAUGGUACUGUACAGGACUAUGAGAUCAGUAUAAAAAACUCAAGUAUGCAGGAAAUCAACUCCUCUCCAUUUAGAGGGUGAAAGACUGUUGAGUCCACAAGCAGAUGCUUCUACUAUCAUUUUGAAAAUUUUGUCUUGUUUUUGGUGUUCAUGUGCAUGUCAGAUAAAGUUGAAUAGGUUAGUUAUGUUCAAUCUAGUGAAUGAUUUCUCUAUUUUUGUGAGUCCUAAUGAUUGAUACAUCACUCUUAAAUUUACUAAGGUGUGGGACCAUUAGCUAGGAUAUGUUUUAAUAACUGACACGUCAGUGGCUCUGUGUCUCCUUAGACAUCAGAUGAUAAUUGACACAUGAAUUUUGACAAUAUGCUCCUUCAAUCUUUUUUUCUCUUUUUUAACUCCUUAGUACUAUUGCUAAUUAAAUAGCAAUAAUUUUAUAAUGAUCUUACAUACAUUCUCAGCCUUUAGCAUGUAUGCUUUCAAAAAAUUUAGUCUCCUUAUUGGGUAUACUUAUUUCAUAAU